ACUUUAAGUAUACUAUUAUAGCAUAGCAUAAAAUAAUAUCAGGUCAGGACACAGGAAAAUAAAAUUGAUAAAAUUUCUUAAAUCUCAGUUAACUUUUGUUCGUCCUUAAGGAUAGAUGAAUAUACUUUUUUUUUUAGAGUAUAAAACAAUAAUCAAAAUAACAAAAAAAAAAACAUAAACUUAAAAAAGAAUUAUUGUAAAUUGUAAUAUUUACAUGUUACCUACGUAUACAUGCAUACAUACAUGUAUUUUUUAUUAUUAAAAAAUAAAUUUUAAGAACGAACUAUGCUUCAUACACGAUGUUAUAAUAAUGUAUUUAUGCACUAUUAUAAAACUGAAUAGAAAUAAUUUAUUGAUUUAUUGAUCGAUUUGUUGAAAAAAGAAAAACAGAAUAACAAAAAAAAAGUAUAUGAAAAAUCUGGAGAAUAAAAAUGUUUGCAUCAUAUUAAAUCGUAGAGAACUUUAGUGGAUUUAGUAGUAACAAAGAAAAAUAUGUUAAAAUACAUACAUACAUACAUCAAAUUCAUACGCUUAAACAUUGAAAAUAAUUGAUUAAAUUUAUUUGAAUUGAAUCACACUCAUACGCAAUACGCAAAUAAGUGAAUGAAAUUAUUUUGAAUAUUACUUAUUACUAAUGAAUGCUUAAUGAAAUUUAAUGCUUAAUGAAAAAAAUAAUAAUAAUGGAAGUAAAUUCAAGAAAUAUGGUAAUUGUUGUGAUUUGAAGUAACAUUAAUCAAAUUUAUAAUGGUCCUAAUUUAAUUGAUUCAAUGGUAUAAUUAAAAUAAAACAUACAUAAUUGGUUUUUUACAACGAUAUAUACAAAUAUAUAUAUAUAUAUAUAUAUACAUACAUUUAUUUAAAUAAAAAUUUGAAAUUAAUCUAUAAACAUGUCCGCGGCUAUAGUAGCUGAAAAUUAUCAUUUGAAAUGGGGCUCUCAUUCAAUGCAUUUAAAUAUGUCAGUAGCUGAAUUAUACAAACAUGAUCGAUUUGCUGACGUAAUGCUUCUAAGUAGUCAUCCAGAUUGUCUUGGAGGUCCUGGGGUUCCAGCACAUAAAGUAAUUUUAAGUGCUAGCAGUAAAUUUUUUGCAACGGUAUUUGAAUUAACACCCCAUAUACCACCUCAAAACGGUUUAAUGUAUUUGGUUUUACCUCCAUCAUUAAGUCGACGAGCUAUUCAAGUUUUAGUUCAAUACAUGUAUAGUGGAGAAUCAACAGUUUCAAACGAUAUAUUAAAAGAAGUUUUAAGUGGUGGUGAAUUAUUAAAAAUUCGUGGACUCUAUAGAGGAAAAUCAACUGAUUCAAAUAAAAAUUUUGGUUUAACAACUCCAAUUAAUCCUGAAAUAUUAUCAAGCACAAACCAUUCUACUGAACGUGAUAUUUCUCCGUUUUCUAAUUUAAAAACUGCAGAAGGGAGCGUUUUAAAUAUAAGGCAGUAUUCCAGAAUAGCACAACGCACAAAAUCAGUAUCAGAUGCAAUUCCGGAUAAGCAAUUUAAUCUAUCAGUUAACAAAGAAAUUGCUAUUGAUCCGGAUCCUAGAACAACUUCUGCCAUUUCCUCAAAAUCUGAUAACUUAGAAAAAUCUAGUCAAAAGUUUGACACACCUCUAAUUUUAUCUGUAACUACAGAUUUUUCAUCCAAAAAUUCGAUAGAAAGAAGAAAACCUAGCAUAGGAUCUAAUUUUUCUGAUUGUUUAUUACAAAUUAAAGAAGAGCCUAACGAUAGCGAUAGUGAGCAAAGUCAAUCAAUUACGAGGAAUUUUACUGAAAGUUUAGAUUCCGGAUCUAAAAUUGAAAAUACCGAAGCUCAGAGAAUCGGAACAUUUCUGGAGGAUGAAUCCUCUAAAGACGACAUUGCUGUUGAAAAUUGUGAUAUGGAAUUGCAAAAUAUUAUAGAGUCAAACGAAGAAAAUUCUGCUUCAUAUUUCUCUGAUUAUUGUGACAAAAAAAUUACUCCAUCAAAUGAAAAAUCUAGUAAAUCUGAACAAAAGCAAGUAUCAGAUUUGGAUGACAGCAUACCAGAAAAAAAGCAAAAAAUCCAAGCAGAAUCUACAAAAAAUAAAAAGAAAUCUUUAUCGAAUAAUACACAGAAAAGAAUUGGCAAGUUUAAAUAUGGUUUAAAAUGUGAUAUUUGCCAUAUAGCUUUUCAGUUUCCAGAAACAUGGGUCCGUCAUAUGCAAGCACUUCAUACUGAAGUAGAAUUAGCUAUUAACAAUGAAAAACUUAAAAACGCGCGUCCAACAUCAGCAAUUGCUCAUGAGUAUUUGGACAAAAUAUCGAAAUCUUGCCAAUAUUGCGAUAUAUCAUUCAAUUCUUACAAGGAAAUGAUAGCUCAUACGAAAAAGGAGCAUUUCCGAAAAAAUUGCGCGUUAUAAAAUUUUUAAAUACACAAAUUUAACUUAUUUUACAAACUCUUAACUGAUUUUAUUAUUGUAAUUAAAUUAUUUGUAAAUUAUUUUUACGAACAUUUUGAACUAAAAUAUAAAAAAUAUA